GGCCUUGAAAAGAGAGAAAGCGAAGAUGCCGAGUGCCAAAAGUGCAGCAACGCGAACAGACCUCAUGUAUCUACAUGAACACACCGCACUUAUGAUGAAGGAUGACGAGAUGCCACAUAAAGUGGAAGAGCAAAAUUCCCAGACGGCAUGUAAAGACAAUGUAUCCAAUAUAGGACCAAUAAUGCAACCUCAGAAUAGUUCAGCGUUUCUUAUAGUUUUAACAUUUGCAUGCGAAGCUUUAAUAGCAUGUGCAAGACAACUCGAUAUAAUGGAUGGAGAAUGUGGUGAUGGAAAUUAUGGAACCAUACUUGCACAAAGUGCCAAUGCCAUAAAAUUGGCAAUCAAGGAAGGAAAAAUUUUAGCAACGAGACCUUUUAUAACAUUUAUACAAAUAAGCCAUAUUAUUGAAAAAGAAACGGGUAGCUUAGAAGGUGGAAUAUACUCGUUAUUUUUUGAUACUGCUGCUAAAAGUUUUCUUAAGUUUCGGAAUGAUGAUCAAGUGACUGUCAAUAUGUGGUUAACUGCUCUAACAUCUGCAAACAAGAUGAUAUCUGAGAUUAGCGGAACAUCGAUUGGUAAUCGAACCAUGUUGGAUGCUUUGAUACCUGCGGAAAAUAAAUUAAGAGACGCAUUAAGUUCUGGUUUAAAUCCUGUCAAUGCAUUUGGGGAAGCUGUCAAAGCUGCCGAAACUUUCGCUAUGCAAACUGUAUAUAUGUCAGGAUCUCUCUCUAUUGAUUCUACAAAUAAUUGCAAGACAUUCAAAUAUCCACAUCCUGGAGCACAUGCCGUAGGCAUAUGGAUGAGAGCUGCUUAUGAAGGUGAUGGACAAGAUGAAUGCGAGGGCUGUCAAAGUAUUGGGAAUGUUAAAUAUUUAAGUAACGAGCAUGAAACAAGAACAUCUUUUUUGUCUGCUCAGCAAUCAUUAAUGCAAGAUAUAGGAAACCUGCUAAAGCAUGCUUGCAUUAGGAGUCUAAGUUGUGAAGUGCAUCCUGGUAAAGAAGGUGUUUGCUACUUUGGAGAUGAGUACAGGGGGCAUGUUUUAAGUCAUACUUUUACAUUGAAAGAUGCCCAGGCAAGAGGAUUUAGAAGAUGGUGCAGUUUUAUCGUUUUUAUGAGAGAUAAACAAUUCUUGUUGAACAUGUGGCCAUUUUUGAUUGACAAUUUAAAAGAGGUAAUUAGAGAGCUGCAAGAUUUUGCAGAGAGAAGAUAUAAUGUGGAAGAAGCAGAAUGUCCGCAAAGGGCAAUGAGAUUGACGACAGCAAACGGUGGAAUGGGCUGUCAUAGUACUUCUAUUAAACAAUCUAGAACACUUACUGAUAUAACAAAUGAAAAGCAUGUUUUUGUAAGAAUUCACAUGUGGUUAGUAUGGAUCCUCAGUGCUGGUGCGAGACAUUUUAUAGAAAUUUUCCCAAUGAGUUUAUUAGAUGAUGAACUUAAUUAUAAUGUUGAACAUCAAAUUGAAACUGAAGAAGGUUUUACUUUAUUGAACGCAAAAUUGCCAGUAAAUUUUAAUUUUAAUUGGGACGACUCUGAGCUUUUGCCGGAAUUUUCUGAAAUUGCGGAAAGAUCUACUGCUGUAAUUUUACGAAAUCUAAAACGAAUACUAUUUUUUUUAUCACGAUUAUAAUACCAGAAUGGCUUUGACGAGUAACGCCAUCUUCAUGAUGAGGCUCAAAAUUUUUCAGACGACCCUCAUAUAUAUAUAUAUAUAUAUAAAUUAUAUUUUAUAAAAAAAAUAUUAUAUCACAAUAUUGCAUUAAAAAUUUUAGGUGUAGAUACCUCAGUAGCAGUUCCCUUACCUUGUGCAACUGUAUGCAGAUUAGAUAUAAUACUUAAUGAACACAAGGUUGAGAAUGUAAAAUCCUAUAUAGUUAAGUGGAUUGGUUCUUUACCAACAAAACUUCCGACUCUGUUAACAAAAAUUGAAAAAUCACUCGAUAAUGAAAAACUUGGAAACUCAGUUCUCAAAGCACACUUUGCGACUCUUCAGGAAGAAUGGGCCAACAUUGCAAAAGUUGUUCAUGCAAUGCGUGGACGAGGCCAUCGUGGCGAUCUCUCUGGACUUAUGCUCAGUUUGGGUGCUGGACCACAGGAUAAAAAGUUGCUGGAUGCAUGGUCUAUGGGAUUACCAUCUAAUCCAGCAUAGUUUAUAAAAAUUAAUUUGUUUUUAUUGCACAUGUAUAUCGUUGGAUGUAAUAUUUAUUACAGA